UGCGAAUAAGUGAAUAAGCAAAAAUGGGAAACGCUCAGUCUGGUCUUCCCCCACUUGGUGGCCCUGGUGAUGAUAAAAAUAAAGACGAUAAGGAUAAAGAUAAGAAAAAGAAAUGGGAGCCGCCUCUUCCUACUCGUGUUGGAAAGAAGAAGAGAAGAGGACCCGACGCAACUUCUAAAUUGCCAGCGGUUUACCCUACAACAAGGUGCCGAUUGAAACUAUUAAAAAUGGAGCGUAUAAAAGAUUAUUUGUUGAUGGAAGAAGAAUUCGUUCAAAACCAGGAACAACUAAAGCCUCAAGAAGAGAAGGCACAAGAAGAAAGAAUUAGAGUGGAUGAUUUACGCGGAUCGCCCAUGGGUGUUGGUACCCUUGAAGAAAUUAUUGAUGAUGAUCACGCUAUCGUUUCAUCAUCUACAGGGCCAGAAUACUACGUUAGCAUUUUAUCCUUUGUGGACAAAGAUUUAUUAGAGCCCGGCUGUUCAAUUUUAUUACAUCAUAAGGCAAUGUCUGUCGUUGGUGUACUCCAAGAUGAUACGGAUCCAAUGGUCAGUGUCAUGAAACUUGAAAAGGCACCUACUGAGUCAUAUGCUGAUAUUGGUGGUUUGGAACAACAAAUUCAAGAAAUUAAAGAGUCUGUAGAAUUACCGCUGACACAUCCUGAAUUGUAUGAAGAAAUGGGUAUCAAACCCCCCAAAGGCGUAAUUUUAUAUGGUGUUCCGGGUACAGGCAAAACAUUAUUGGCCAAAGCUGUAGCCAAUCAAACAUCAGCCACGUUUUUACGUGUCGUCGGAUCCGAAUUAAUUCAAAAAUAUCUUGGGGAUGGACCAAAACUUGUUCGUGAAUUGUUCCGUGUUGCAGAAGAACACGCUCCUUCAAUUGUUUUUAUUGAUGAAAUUGAUGCAAUUGGAACAAAACGUUAUGACUCAAAUUCGGGUGGUGAGAGAGAAAUUCAACGGACUAUGUUGGAACUUUUAAAUCAAUUGGAUGGUUUUGAUUCCCGAGGGGAUGUUAAGGUUAUCAUGGCGACAAAUCGUAUUGAAUCACUGGAUCCAGCAUUAAUUCGUCCGGGGCGUAUCGAUCGUAAGAUUGAAUUUCCGUUACCGGAUGUAAAAACUAAACGUCGUAUCUUUAACAUUCAUACUGGCAGAAUGACUUUGGCAGGGGAUGUAGAUCUUGAAGAAUUUGUGAUGUCAAAGGAUGAUUUGAGUGGGGCUGAUAUAAAGGCUAUUUGUACCGAAGCAGGUUUAUUGGCUCUUCGAGAAAGACGAAUGAAAGUGAUCGCUGAAGAUUUUAGAAAAGCACGUGAAAAAGUUCUUUACCGUAAAACUGAAGGCACACCCGAAGGGCUUUACUUGUAGUUUAUUAUUAUCGAUUCUUUAAAAAUAGCUAUUUUGUAAUACAAAGAAAUAAAAUAUUUUUUUAGAUUAUUUAAAAAUUUAAUACAAAAUUAAUUAAAACAAAAAUUUAUACUCUGCUGUACAUGGUAAAUAUGCAUUAUCACGUGCAAUCGGCAUAUAUAUUUUAUAUGAUCUGCGUGCGAACUUUACAAUUAUCUUUUGUAAAUU